AGCCGCCGUUUUCUUUUUCUUUCGCGCUUUAGCCACCGGAGAAGUCCCGCCCAAGCGUGAUUGGGCUCUGAUUGGCUCCUUUGAAAGUCUACGGGCCACCUCAUUGGUGAACCCGGGACCCUUUAGAGCGCAUCUACCAUACCUAUUGAUUAACUAUGGAAGACUAUACCAAAAUAGAGAAAAUUGGAGAAGGUACCUAUGGAGUUGUGUAUAAGGGCAGACACAAAACUACAGGUCAAGUGGUAGCCAUGAAGAAAAUCAGACUAGAAAGUGAAGAGGAAGGGGUUCCUAGUACUGCAAUUCGGGAAAUUUCUCUAUUAAAAGAACUUCGUCAUCCAAAUAUAGUCAGUCUUCAAGAUGUGCUUAUGCAGGAUUCCAGGUUAUAUCUCAUCUUUGAAUUCCUUUCCAUGGAUCUAAAGAAAUACUUGGAUUCUAUCCCUCCUGGUCAGUUCAUGGAUUCUUCACUUGUUAAGAGUUAUUUGUACCAAAUCCUACAAGGGAUUGUGUUUUGUCACUCUAGAAGAGUUCUACACAGAGACUUAAAACCUCAAAAUCUAUUGAUUGAUGACAAAGGAACAAUUAAACUGGCCGAUUUUGGUCUUGCCAGAGCUUUUGGAAUACCUAUUAGAGUAUAUACACAUGAGGUAGUAACACUUUGGUAUAGAUCUCCAGAAGUAUUGCUGGGGUCAGCUCGCUAUUCGACUCCAGUUGACAUUUGGAGUAUAGGCACCAUAUUUGCGGAAUUAGCAACGAAGAAACCACUUUUCCAUGGGGAUUCAGAAAUCGAUCAACUCUUCAGAAUUUUCAGAGCUUUGGGUACCCCUAACAAUGAAGUGUGGCCAGAAGUGGAGUCUUUACAGGACUAUAAGAAUACAUUUCCCAAGUGGAAACCUGGAAGCCUAGCAUCCCAUGUCAAAAACUUGGAUGAAAAUGGCUUGGAUCUGCUCUCGAAAAUGUUAGUCUAUGAUCCUGCCAAACGAAUUUCUGGCAAAAUGGCACUGAAUCAUCCAUAUUUUAAUGAUUUGGACAAUCAGAUUAAGAAGAUGUAGCUUUCUGACAAAGAGUUUCCAUGUGUUGUAUCAAGAACAUAGUUAUAUUUUUACUGUCAACUCUAUUUUUGUCUUGUGUAUCUUUCUUUUCUUUGUUGUAAAACUUAAGCUGCACUUCAUCUAAUUUUGAAAGUUGUAACUUAAAAAUGUAAAUAUUGUUCUAUAUGAAUUUAAAUAUAAUUCUGUAUUAUAUAUGUGUGUAGAUCCCACUGUAACAACUAUUUGUUACUAUAAUAAAACUAUAAAUCUAAUAUUGAUGUCAGGAAUGGGGAAAAUUUUGAGUUAGCUUAAAUUAUCUCAAACUUUACAGCAGUCUGGUUUUCUUCCUGUAGUUGGAACUACUAAAAUGGAUGAAAGUGUACUAAGUUCAAAGUUGAUAAUGCUUUGAAGUAUUUGUAUGUUCUGAAUGUUUAAAUUUUCUUGUCAGUGUCUUGCCAUGUGGUAACUAUAGAACCUGCCUAAAGAUAAAUGUUUUCCUACUGGUAUUUCAAUUUGUGACCUAAAUGUUUAAGCAUUCAGAAUGAGAAAACUAUCCAAAAUGAGAAAUAAUGUUAAAUUUAUAGAGAUUUUCAGUAACUUAAAAAACUAGCAUUAGAGCAUGCCAAAGUUUGCUAAGUUUUACAGUCAAAGAUCAAGGGCUGUCCACAGCAGGGAAGAACAGUUUCGAGAAUUUAUGACCCUCCUAUUUUUAGGUAGGUUAUCAAAGCUGUUUGUCUAGUUGAAUUCUUAUGCCUUGGUCAGAAGUAAUAACUACACAGAGGAGUUACUUAUCAUAGCUUUCAAUUGUAACUUUAAAACUUUAUUUGCAAAUUUUGACAUAGUGUUUAUUAGCAGCCUUAGAAGGUUCCAAUGUAUAAGUAUUUAGCUAAAAUCACUAUAACUUUGGGAAUUAAAUUGUUUAAUAA